AUGCUGGUGCACAGCUACCCGGGCAUGGACCGCGCCGAGGGGCUCCCCGGGGCACCGGCCGGGGCCCGCCUGCCGCAGCUCCCCGCUCUCAACCAAGCUCCCUACGGCUCGGCUCCGCCGCUCUGCCACACGCCCGCCGCCGACUUCCAGCCGCCCUAUUUCCCCCCGCCGUACCCGCAGCCGCCGCUGCCCUACCCGCAGGGCCAGGAGCCCGGCUACCCGCACCUCGCCGACCCCUACGCGGCUCUCAGCCCCCUGCACCAGCACCAGCAGCCCGCCUGGCCCCCCCAGCGCUCCCGGCAGGACGACGCCGGGCUGCUGGCUCAGACCCACCGGGCCCUGGGGCUCGACCCCCGCCGCGAGUACCCCGCCGUGCCCCGCCUGCUCCACGGCCUCCCCGACGGCGGCCACGGCCUCCCCGACGGCCCGCUGGGCCUCCACGGCCUCGGCCACCACGGCCUCGAGGACAUCCAGGCCGUGGACGACGGCGGCAUGAACCUGCUCGAUCAGUCCGUGAUCAAGAAAGUGCCCAUCCCCUCGAAGGCGAACGGCACCACCAUCCCCACCCUGUCCAUGAACAAAGACGGCCUGAUCGGAGGGGUGACGAAUCCCAACGAGGUCUUCUGCUCGGUGCCUGGCCGCCUCUCCCUGCUCAGCUCCACUUCCAAGUACAAGGUGACCGUCGGGGAGGUGCAGAGACGGCUCUCGCCCCCCGAGUGUCUCAACGCCUCCCUCCUCGGCGGGGUCCUGCGCAGGGCAAAAUCAAAAAAUGGGGGUCGGUGUUUAAGGGAAAGGCUAGAGAAAAUUGGACUAAAUCUACCUGCAGGAAGGCGCAAAGCUGCAAACGUCACCCUGCUGACCUCGCUGGUGGAAGGUGAAGCCGUCCACCUGGCCCGGGAUUUCGGCUAUGUGUGCGAAACAGAGUUCCCAGCCAAAGCAGCGGCAGAGUACCUGUGCCGACAGCACUCCGACCCCACCGAGCUCCACACCAGGAAAAACAUGCUGCUGGCUACCAAGCAAAUUUGUAAAGAGUUUGCAGACUUGAUAGCCCAGGACCGCUCACCGCUGGGGAACAGCCGCCCCUCCCUCAUCUUAGAGCCAGGUGUCCAGAGCUGUUUGACUCAUUUCAGCUUGAUAACCCACGGCUUUGGGGGUCCUGCCAUCUGUGCGGCGCUCACAGCCUUCCAGAACUACCUGGUGGAGUCCCUCAAGGGGCUGGAUAAAAUGUUCAUGAACAGCACAGGGAACGGGCACACGGCUGGAGACUCCAAAGCAUCAGAAAAGGAAGUGAAGCAUCGGAAAUAACGCGCUGACUCCUCAGCCUUCCCCGGGAGCAAUAGGAAGGUUAA